AUGCCGCUACCGCUCUAUCGCUUGCCGACUUGUUGUGGAUCAAAUCGGUUGAAUCUGUACUUUGGACUUUCUCUUGGAGUAUUUAUUUCGAGCAGUAUCACCGUUACCAGUGGGAAUCAAGAUCUCACAGCGAACGGUCUAUAAACUUUGGACAAGAUGAUCAACACAGGAAAACUGGCAGGACGGACUCUGUUCAUCACAGGUGCCUCCCGAGGAAUUGGCAAAGAGAUUGCCCUGAAGGCGGCCCGCGAUGGAGCCAACAUUGUGGUGGCGGCCAAAACAGCGGAACCGCAUCCCAAACUACCAGGAACAAUUUACACGGCGGCAGAAGAGAUCGAGAAAGCUGGAGGAAAGGCCUAUCCUUGUGUCGUGGACGUGCGAGAUGAGGUACAAGUGCGCAAAGCCGUGGAGGCAGCGGUAGCCAAGUUUGGAGGCAUUGACAUUGUGGUAAACAACGCCAGCGCCAUCUCGCUGACCAGCACCCCUAAUACGGAUAUGAAGCGCUACGACCUGAUGCACAACAUCAACACACGCGGCACCUUCUUGGUGUCCAAGGAGUGUCUUCCUUACUUGAAGAAAAGCAACCACGCCCACAUCCUCAACAUCUCGCCUCCGUUGAGUAUGAAGCCCAAAUGGUUUGGCCCGCAUGUGGCCUACACCAUGGCCAAGUACGGCAUGUCCAUGUGCGUGCUGGGCAUGGCUGAAGAGUUUCGCGACCAGGGAAUUUCCGUCAAUGCUUUAUGGCCGCGCACUGCUAUCCACACGGCGGCAAUAGAGAUGCUUACAGGUCCUGAUUCUGCCAAGUGGUCACGCAAGCCGGAGAUUAUGGCCGAUGCUGCCUACGCCAUCCUUAGCCGAGAACCCAGACAGGCCACCGGUCAGUUUCUUGUGGACGAUGAGGUGCUGGAGUCAGCGGGAGUUACGGAUCUCACGGACUACGCCUGCUUCCGCGAAAACGCCGACAAACUAAUGGUGGACUUCUUCGUUGAAGCGAAGGGAGCUCCGGUUGAUGAUGUCGCGCCGACAGGAGGUGCUUCUGCUGCUCCUGCAAAUGGAGGAAGUGCAAAGAUACCCCAGCUGUUCCAGAAAAUCGAAUCUCUUCUCUCGCCGGAGAUCGUCUCGAAAACGCAGGCCGUCUUUCAGUUUAAUAUUAGUGGCGCUGAGCAGGGAACCUGGUUCCUUGACCUUAAGAACGGGUCUGGGUCCUGUGGAUCCGGAACACCACCAUCCAAUCCCGACGCUACGCUGACCAUGAACUCUAACAACUUCUUCGACAUGUUCUCCGGAAAAUUGAAGGCGGCACCCGCCUACAUGACCGGCAAGCUGAAGAUCAGCGGCGAUUUCCAGAAGGCCCUAAAGCUGGAGAAGUUAAUGAACGCCCUAAAGUCUAAGCUCUAGGUGCAAUUGAGUCGCAGACUUUUAUUUUAUUUCAUUUUAUGUAUUUUCUUAAAUAAAGUUUGGGAUUGUUAUAAUUUCCUUAUUAACUGUA